AUGUAUUUGCUGUUUCAUGUACCUCUUAGAAAACGAAAACAAUCAGAUUCCUGUUUGGACUGGAGACGACGUUCCGUUCGUUUCCGCGCAGAAUUUAACAUUGAAGAAUCCGGUUCAGAAAAUGAUAAGAUCUUGAUUGCCUCACUGCUGAAUUAUUCAUGUGCACAAGAAUCCUCGAUUGUUCCACUUCUAUCGAUGAAACCAUCCACACUAGCAAGCUUACCUGUAAAAAGAGCUCCAUUACACGUAUUGAUGGAUGAUAAAGCAUCGCUGCGUAGGUGCAUCACAUAUAUCGCAAGCAAGUUUAUGAAUGGAAACGGACGGAUUUUUGAAAUUUUGGAGCAUUUACUCUCUUGGUACUCGAAGAACUGUUUUUGCAUUAUUAUUACGGAUCGCUUACGAGAGGUCAUUAUUGGCUGUUAUGCUCGAUGGAUUAAUAAUUUUGGUAAUGCUUCGAUGAUUCAUGGCAAUGAAUUUCUUCCUAUUCAUACGAUGCUGGCUGAAUUAGGUGCCGAAAAAGCUAUGUUUAUUUGUUACUCUUCACUUUCUUCAUAUCUGGAGCAGGAAUUACGCGUUCGAAUACUUUGGUCAAUUGCAGUAAAUGGUACAAACAUUUUCCCUUUUCAGGUUUGUAAAAAUUAUCUGCUAAUGUUAUUGGUUACGUUAAAAUCUGGAUAUAAUUCUGAAGUCAAUUACCAAUCACUGAUUAGUGGCCAUGAAUUAAUCAGCUUAGAAACAGUUCAGAAUCUCAUUGCUCAGAUAGAACGUCGGGAAAGCCUGGAAGCCAUUCAGCAAUUAUUCGAUAGUCGUCAAUUUGAUAGGGUGAUUAACAUUAUCAUCGGCAACUUCAGCUGGAAGGAUGUGGAUCGCAGUGCUCUCCUUUCAACAGCGAUAAUUCUAAUUGAUUCAUACCUUGAAUUAAACAAUAUGGAUGGUGCAUCUGAAUGGAUAAGCAGAUUGCUAGGUUUUACUGGAGGACUUGCUGGAACUGAGGAAGUGAUCACUAGAUUGAAACGGCUUGCUAUAGAAAAUAUCUGCCUGGAAAAUAUUUCUAAUCUAGUGCAUUCCAUUGUUCAUCUUCUUGUUCUCGAUGGAUACGAAUCAGAUACUGCUAUUUGGCUUAUGCUAUACCGUUGUGCUUACCAUUUGGAGGGAGAGCACACAGUGGAAACGCUAUCGGCAUUAUAUGACGGUGGUUGUCAAAUGCUUACUUCUGCAUUGAAUAUUCUAGUCACUGCGCAUGAAGCGAUAGCAAAGCACGACAAAUGCUUCGUUGAUGAUCACAGUUUCCCAUUAUUUGUUUUGAAUGAAUUUUCAAAAAUUCGGACUCAUCCUGCAGUUGUUGAGGUUCUUUCAACACGAGAAUGUAUGGAACAAAGUCGUGCUUUCAUGGAUGAAGUGCAUCAGUGUCUGUUUUGCUUAUAUGGGUGUCCAUCAAGGCGUAAAAGACAAUUGGAAGAACAUGGCGGUACACACAAUCAUGAGCCAAGUUUGAAAGAUAUUGAAAACGUGUUGUCGUUGCUAUUACCUGACAAAAUACCUCCAUAUGAUGGCACUUGUUCUUCUGAUCUGAUUGAGUUUGUGCAAAAGAAAGCAUCAUCAUUUAUGGAACCUACAGAGGAUGAAAAAGAAAAGCUGUUCGCAUUUGACCGUUUCAUUGCGCAAGCAGAGAUUCAGGCAGAUUGGCCUCGAUGUACAGAAAGUUCUCAGCUGCGAUCAGGAGUUUUUUAUCAGCUGGCACUACACUCAUAUCGCAAUCACAAAGCAGAUGAUGCUGUCUACUAUGCUAAAUUGUUUCUUAUUUGUGCUUCUGCUACACUACCCAAAGAAGUGUUUUUUUGGGACUGGACCGUUCUAGCUAUCGCUGCUACCUCAGUGGAUGAAGAUGAAAUGUCCCUGCACUUUGAUUGUAGUGUCUUUUCUUUUCGAAUGGCCCUUUUUUUUGAUCCAUUUGAUCGAUAUGUUAUAUUCAAUUUUGGCAGCGCUUUAUAUCAAAUCAAUUCUCGAAUACGUCGAUAUAGAGACAAGCUUUCUGUGGAUGACAUUCGGCAUCGAUGGGCUGAGCGCCGGAUCAAGGGUCUUUUGGAAGAAAGUCGACAUCAGUUUCAGAUCUGCAUAUCACGUUUGCCAGACGGUGAUGUAGACAAAUGGCGAUGUCACUACUUCUUAGCGAAAAUUGCAGAGAAAUGUGGAGGCGCUCUUGAAGACGUAUUUCAUCAUUAUCAUGAGUCGGCUCUUCAAUUGGAAGCUGCGGGAGUUCAGUACCCAAGCAGAAUCAAUACCAAGAGGCAGGAGCAUGUUGAAGCAAUCGAGAUCCACUAUCGUGCUUACGCCUCUUUGCUGAAGUACUUACUGGAAAGGGAAACAGAUUGGAAUCGAGAGGAUCUGAUGUUAAUGCAUGCUUUUGCUUUAUGCUUUCGAAACCAUGGUGUUUGUAAGCAAAAGGAUAGUGACGAAUUUUCUCAAUGUCCACAAGUAAAAGCAGUUAUCAGCAGUCUCAUGUAUAGGUGUACGGAGUCGACUGACACUGUGCAAGGAGCGCUCGAAGAUUUGAUAGAACGGACCGUGCUAAAACUGGAAAUUCUGCACCUUUGCGAAGAAGCUUUCAACAUUUGUAUCCGUAGAUUUCCACACUUCAAAUCAUACUAUCGACUGUCGCAGUUAGCCCUAUACAAAGGAGAUAUUCAGGAAGCAUCGAAUCAUUUAUUCGGUCGUUUUCUGAUUAGAAAGAGGACAAACUUCAACCCAGACAACAUAUUUGAGAAUGUGAUAACGAUUUCCUGUGAAGAUAUUGAUCGGGGAGAUGCACUUCAGUAUCACCUUGCUCGCAUAGGAGCAUUAGCAAUAUAUUUAUCCGCUUUGCUGGAUGAUUUUGAGGCUCUUGGAACUUUGAUUCAUACAUUCUGCACAUUGGAUUUCUGCAACAACACUGAUUAUUUGUUAAAACGAGAUCUGAUAAUGCUUUAUCGCAACGGUUUGGCCAGAUUUUUCAACUGCAUACAGCGGAAGAUAAAAAACAAUGCAGUAGAGAGCCAACUUCUUUGUUCAGUCUAUGAUCUUUAUCAAUAUGCUGAAAGGAAUAAUGUACAGCGUCUCUGCGAACGAAUUCGACCGGUAAUUGUUUCGGCUACCAAAAAAUUUGCUGGUUAUAAUGAGAGGACUGAACCAGUAGUGUUUUGCAAGCAACUCUAUAUCGCUUCAAAAAGAAAGUUGGGCAAACGGAAACUGAGUAGCAGUUCAGUUGUUCAAGCGAAAUCGUUUCGUUUAUUCCCCAUCCCAAAUUCCAAUCUCACCUUUACGUAG